UUGUAGAGUGAGAGAGUAAAUUUUCUUUGUCUUGACCUACGCUCGAAAGCACUCCUCGCCAUCUUUUAUUACGUUGGACCGGAAGGCCGCCCUACUCCUUCUCGAACCACUCGCUGUCAGCUAGCACAUCCUUUUCUUUUCAAGCAAUGGCGGAAGCUGCAACAACCGGAACUCUUUCGCUAUCUGAGCAAUAUUUAUUGGAGAGAGAGAAGGGUGAUGUAGGUUCAAAACUUGUGGAAGUAAAAGAAGUAGUGAAACCUGAAACUGCUAUUUCGGAAGAGAAAGCAGAGGAAGUGCUAAUAGCAGCUGCUGCUGAAGAGAAAGUGGAAGAUACUGCUGCUGCUGAAGAAAGCAGUGAAACUAAUCCCGCUGCUGAAAACAAAAGUGAAGAUGCUCCUGCGGUUGAGACAGAAAGUAGCGAAACUACUGAGGAGAACUCAGAUGAACAGGGAGCUGCUGAUGAGAAACCAGAAAUAAAGCUGGAGACAGCACCAGCUGAUUUUCGUUUCCCAACUACAAAUCAGACAAGGCACUGUUUUACCAGAUACAUUGAGUACCACCGGUGCGUAGCUGCCAAGGGGGAAGGGGCUUCAGAAUGCGAAAAAUAUGGAAAAUAUUAUCGUUCUCUUUGCCCCACUGAAUGGAUAGAGAGAUGGAAUGAGCAAAGGGAGAAUGGAACAUUUCCGGGCCCUCUGUAGAUGGUUCUUCUUUGAAGACCCUUGUGCUGUUUAUUUUCUUCUGUAUCCAUGUUUCCACCGCCAGAAGAAUUUCUUUGAUGAGAAGUACAUUCUUAGGGAAUGCCCUAUUUGAUCAGUGAAUUAAUAAGAAAUUUUGGCUUGUUCAAUAGAGCUACAGUUCAAGUCUGACUACAGCAAAUGUUGUUACACAUCUUCUUUUAAGAUGAAGCUAUCUUUCCCUCA